AUUAAACUUCAUUUUGAUUACCGUUAACACAAAUUACAUAAUUAUUAUAUAGUUCGAUACUAUAUAUACCAAAAAACAUCACUGUUUGACUUCUUUUUUAUCUCAAAGGUAGAUGAAAUGGUUGACAGAUUGAUGAAUAAAAAAUCUCCACAUAUGAAAAACAAUUCAUCCUCUUUAAGUAGUAUUCACCAUCGGAAGUGUAAUAAACAGAAAUUAGAAGAGAUUAUUGAAAGAUUAACAAAAUAUGAUAAAAAGAAGGGACCUGUUGAAUCAACAUCUGCUAGAAUAAUGCUUGGAUUUAAUCGUUAUGAUUAUGGAUGUUCACCUGAGAGUAUGGUAGAACCAAAUAUGAAAAAAAUGACCGAACAAGAUAUUAUCACUGUAUUUGAGCGUUUAGCACAAUAUGACAUUACAAAAUAUCCUCCAGGAUCAAGAGGACAUGAAAAAAAAUAAUAUAUGUUGUAUACCAUACUUUUGUAAUAUUUAUUUCAUAUGGUGAACGUUUCAUUGUCAUCCUAGACAUCUUAUUCAGUGAGUAUUUACCUUUCUAAUGUAUCUUCCAUUAUAAGAACAUGGUUUCAUUUGUACCGAGUAAUUUGCUACUACCAAAACUAUCAUAUGCCAGACUUUGUUCGGCAGAUAAUAAGGUCCAUUU